CCGUGGUUUACGCCGAUAAAUAUGGCGUAGUUUACCCUUGUAUAUGAUCUUUAUACUAAACUCCUGUGAUUUGACUUUGUACUGUUUGUACAUGCAACUAUAUAAGAAUACAAUUGGGAAGUGUUAUUCCUUCGUAUAUCCAUCAACAUAGUCAGCAAAUCUGGAUGAAACCAGGGAGAAAAUGAUCGCCGCCUCAGAACCGGUGGAAUAUAUUCCAGGAGGCCGACAAAUAAUUUCAAGGCAUCCUGGAUCCUUAAUUAAUCAACAAUUAUCUAAUAAUCGAACUGCUGGAGGAGAAAAUAUCCUAUUAAAGAGAUUCAGUGAAGUGAAUAUAUCGGAAAAGUCUCCUAAAGAGAAAUGGUUGGUACGCGACAACAAAGCAUGCGGAGAAGAAGAAUUGUACUAUUCGGGUAAAGUGGCGGUUCAUUGCAAAGGCAAUCAGACUACUCGAAUACUCAAAGCAACUUACACAUGUGAGACAGAUAUUAAGCAUGCUCUCUGGUGUAAAUUUCAUACAAGUAUUCCAGAUCAUAUGACUAAGGGUAAAGAAUACGAGGAUGAAAGGUCUAUUGGCAAAUCUAUAGAAUGUGUUUGUUUACUUGAUACGUAUACUUUAAAGGUUUUCACAGAGAGCGGUGAAGAUUACAUUUCUACUUUACAAUUUCAGGUUUCUGCUGUAUGGCCAACAAAAUAUGGGAUUAUAUUGGAAAAGUGUCAAGUACUCCCUCCAGUUACAGAGUCGAGAUAUGUAUCAUUCGAGAGCAGCAGACUACCGUCACAAAACGAAAAUAAUUUACCAAUAGCCUUUUCAUUGAUGCACCCAUUGGACGAGAUUUGUCCUCUACUUAUUAAGCACGGAUCUGUAUCAUAUAUGAGCGAUUCGAACCAGCAGAUUAUAUUCACCAGUUCGGAACCAUCUUUGGCGGUGGUAUAUGACACGAAGUCCGGCUUGCAUUCUGUAUAUAAGAUCCGCAAAGCGUUGGCGGAAGAGUGUCAGAUGGUUUGCGGGACCAACGAGACGACGCUCAGUUUGCUGAAUCAUUCGACUAACGCAUCACCGUUGAAUCUCGGCGGUAAUCUGUCCGCUAACAAAAGUUUGGUCAACAAAGGGCAUCUGAGUAUCUUCGGAGGAGCUGCGAAUUUGCAGAUAAACAACAUCGGUAACAUAGGCCUGGGGUUGUCCAAUACUCCGUUCGGGUCGCGUACCGCCUCUUACAACACCACUUGCUCUGGCGGGCCGUCGCCCUCGCAGCAGCAGCAACAGUCGCGCUCGCAGAGUUCGAUGGCCACCAUCUCUCGCUGUCAGUCGCCCACACAUUCGGCUCUGUCCCCUUUGCUGGGGGCACCGACCAAUCCGAGCAUCUACAACAACAGAUUACACCAGACCGUCAUGGUGACUGCUCUGAAUCAAACGCAGAACAUAGGUAGUCCGAUGGGCAGUUACAACAGCAUCCAACUGAAGGACGUUGCCGUGGUGGGCAAACCUUUAUAUCCCGAGAUCUGCCUUGAUCACGUAUGGACGGAAAGCUCGGGCGUGUCGAAGGACAUCGUUUACGGUCGUGCAUCGAAGGUUCUUCUAACGUCGGAUCUGGUUGGGCAAAGUUAUUUGGGCUAUUUAGUUCCAAAUCGUUCACAGUUCUUUUUAGUCAGACUGGAGAAGACCAAUAAACAACAACGGAUCAUCUUUGGAAUGGUGACGAGCAUCACAGCUAAGGAUGCUGUUAGCUUACCGAAUCUGAAUAUGGUAGCGACGGUAGAUUUGUCAAAUAAUAUAGUAUUGUACACGGGAGUCACAUGCGUGGGCAAGUUACACAUAUCCGGCAUGCUUUCCAAUCUCGCGGGGAACAAUUAUUUCCUGUCGAACAGCGUGCCGAAGUCCGAGUCCCCGUUCCCGAGAAGGAGUUCUCUGAUCUCACAGAGCUGCACCGCUUCGCACGAGAUCAAGUUUGAGGAAGUCUUGCAUUCACUCAGUCCCGUAGGCGGUAAUUGUGCUCGUCCGCCGAUACUCUUGGAAAAUUCGUUGCUGGAUGCGAGCUUGGACACGCUGAAAGAGGCGGUCGGCAAUCAACUAACCGUGGAAUGCGGCAACAGGCAAUACUUUCGCAUCACGUUACCCAUAUCCAGCACAUCUCCCUUAGUUACUAAAUGCUUACACACAUUGCGAAGCGUGCUCCAGAAAGAUCUGGCCAUGGAAUUGUUGGUAAAAUGGUACGGCGCUAGAAAUGCUCCUGGCCCGCAGGACUUUUCGCCGGCGCGCGAGUGGGGUCUCUUUCUCGUGGUUUUGUUCACGUUAUCGGGAUACGACGUGGAAAAGUUGCAUAUAAUACGGAACAACGAGAAGGAUCAGUUCGCGGACCGUAACAGUCCCAUGGUGCUGCCGAAGAAGCAAAAGACAAGCAACUGCGGCUCCACGGACGACUGGCUGCACCUGCUGAAUUCAAGCGAAUACAAGAACUCGCAGGCGUCCAUCUUGAAUGUACUGAAAAAUCGGAAGAUAUCCGGCUUUUUUCGCACAACGCCUGGAGAUACCGUGGAGCCGAGCAGUGCCGGCAGGAUAAACGCGCAGGCCGUUCUAUUCCCGCACCUCCCGCUCGUUCUCUUCUCCCUUCAUUUGCUGUACGAGGAGCUGAAAUUGAACAGCGUUGUAUCGGAGAGCCUGCCGUUGCUCGGACAGCUCCUCUAUCAGCUGAGUAUAGACCUGAAGUUCGAGAUGUACGCUCAUCAUUACUUCCUCGACUCACCUUCGCUGUACUACCUAAGAAGCCAGACGUCCCAGAUCAGCGACGCGGACCUACAGAAGAUAACGAUCCCGAGUUACAUACCUCGCAAGCCGCCGGACAUGUUCGAGACGAUGGACAACAUGCUGAAUGGGAUAGGCACGGUCACGUACCCGUAUUUGAGCCACGUUAACCCGAGAACGAGGAAUCUGAUAUACAUAAUGGCGCUUGUAGCGAAUGAGAAUCGCACGGGGGACGCGGUGGAAAUGGAGAGGUAUAUCAAGUUGAUCGUGCCGGCUGGGAGUCGCAUUGAUCCUCAGGAAAGCGGCAAGUCCGACAAGGAGAUGCUGAAGAGGUCGGAGAAGCCUGUGGCGGAUAAAAUAAUAUUGCUAUACCACGAAAUGGAUAUGACGAAGCAGGAUCUCGAGACACUGCCACCCGCGGUGUCCCUGAUAAUGAGAGACGUUAUGCACAGAUGCAGGGAAUGCCCGCCGUCGAACUGGCCUAUGCGCGCGUAUGAACUCAUAGACCGUCAGGAUUUAGCUGCGCUGGACAGACAUCUGAAGCCAGCGAAGUCACGUCAGUACGUUGACGGCGAGACGAAGAAUUACACGGUGAAGGAUCCCGAGCAAGACGACGGCAUGGGAUUCGACGAUACGAUACUAAAGUUACGAUUCAGUAAGGAUCAUCGAGUCACUGAAGUGCGAAGGCUGCUGAAUUCCUCGAAACCGGUGAGGAUAGCUAUAGUCCAGAGAUCAAACGUGAGCGAUCACGAAUUUAUAGAGGAGCAGGAGAGACAUUUGCACACAUUGUGCACGAGAACAAUGGCAUUGCCUGUAGCCAGAGGCAUGUUCACGCUCAGGACUUCCACCCCGAUGAUAACGGAACAAUUGCCUAUUCCACGACUGUGUUUAACCGGUAAGGCACCACCACGUGGGACUACCGUCGAGCUAGCUCACAUAGACGUUCCCCCCAACAUGAACCUGUGGCCGUUGUUUCACAACGGUGUGGCCGCGGGCCUGUGCAUUCAUCCGGACGCCGCGAACAUCGAUUCUACGUGGAUAGUGUACAACAAGCAGCAACAGGGCGAAUACGGAGUGGAGCAUUCGGGGUUCCUGAUGGGCCUCGGUUUGAACGGACAUUUGAAGAACCUGGCUCCCCUGAGUACGUACGAGUAUCUGGUCGAUUGUCACGAGGCUACCAGCGUCGGACUGCUUCUCGGCUUGUCAGCGACGCAUCGCGGCACGAUGAACGUGUCCAUGACCAAGCUGCUGUCGUUACACGUGGAGACGCUUCUGCCGCCGACCAGCAUCGAGUUGAACGUGCAACAGAACGUUCAAGUAGCGGCGCUGAUGGGCGUCGGCCUCGUGUACCAAGGGACCGCCCACAGACACAUCUCGCACGCUUUAUUGUCUGAGAUCGGUAGACCACCGGGACCGGAGAUGAAGAACUGCGUGGACCGCGAAUCGUACUCCUUGACGGCGGGAUUAGCGUUAGGCUUAGUCAUACUUGGUUCCGGCGGUGGAACGGACCUACCUGCGAGCAUACCCGAUACUUUGCACUAUUACAUGGUCGGUGGACACGUGAGGCCCUUCUCUGGGGCGCAGAAGGAUAAAUACAAAUCGCCCAGGUAUAUAAUAAUACAGGCCCGUAUGGCAUGUUUUCCGUUUUUUGCAAAAUUAAUGAACGCCUGUGAGAAGAAAGGGCGAUUUUUUAGACGGAAAAUGGAGACGGUGAGUUGGUUGUCAAAGUUGAACAUUUUGCAAAGUGUCUUGAGAAGAGUUUGGUAUCAUUUACAAGCAUUGCGUCACUUGUACGUAUUGGCAGCUGAACCACGCGUGAUCUUACCGAAAGAUAUAGAUACUAAUCAGUAUUGUUACGCGACGAUACACUUGACAUUUGAGACUGAGAGAGAAGCCGAAGGACAGGAAGUCAGCCUGCAAGCGCCGUGUCUGUUACCGCAGUUAUGUAGUUUGAAAAAGGUCGAGUUGAAAGACUCGAGAUACUGGAAAAUUAUAUUUGAAAAACAUCACAACUGGCAAAAACUGGAAAAUAUGCUCGAGAGACGUGAUUUCUUGAGUAUUAAACAAAGAGCCGGUUGUUUAUCGUAUUUGGAAGAUCCUCAUGGAUUCAGAACUUUAAUGGCCCAGACAUUAACAACGGAAAAUGUAAUUGCAUGGGCUGCGCGACCGGAAUAUGUCACAGCAUUUACAAACGACAAAACUGUGUUGAACAUAAUAACGUAUUUUCUACAAUGGCCGAGAAAAGAGGUUCACUCCGAAAACAUCAAGCACUCGUCGCAAAAUGAUAUGCAAGGCAAAAUGCCAGAAUUCGAACGAUACUUUCUUCAUGUAUUCGCGAUAAUCCUGUACGAAUGCAUCACUAAAGACAAAGUCAGCCUCAUACCAUUGUGGUUGCAUAUAAUGAAAAAUCUGAAGGUGAUUGAGGAGCAGCCGAACAGCUUUUCAAUGUGGCAAGUUAAGCUUGUCUCGUCGCAAAUCUCAAAAAUGAUGAACUCCGUGGACAAGGCAGAUCCGUUACUCAGUGCGGAAAGUAUGCUCGCGAUCAAACAGAAAACUGCGAUUAUCCUGGACAAAUGGGAGCAGGAUUUGAAACCUUUGCUCAAGCAAUAUCUCAUCAGUGGAAUGGUACAGGCCGAUGUUGAAACUCUACAUAGAAUGUGCGCUUAUCUUGUAUUCUACCGUAUUCCGUAUCCUAUUGAUGACAAGAUCUCGAGUUUAAUCUUACGAGCGCAAUCCUCUAGUAUACCAAAUAUUACAUUGUACAAAUUGCGUAAUAUUCUACAAUCAACUUGAAAAUAUUGCAUCGCGUGAGUGUUGUACAUGUGCAUAUUAUAGAAUGAGAGAAAGGACAGACAAGAGAAAAGAAAAGUGAGAGUAGGAGAUGA